CUGGAGGUUUAUCAUAACUCUGUGUGGGGUUCAGUCUGUGAUGAUCUGUGGGACAUCAGAGAUGCUCAGGUGGUCUGCAGGCAGCUGGGUUGUGGAGCAGCAUUGAGUGCUGAUGGGAAUGAAGCGUUUGGUGCUGGUGAAGGUGUUGUGUGGAUGAACAGAGUCGAGUGCAGAGGGACUGAGAUUCACCUGUGGGACUGUCCUCAUGUCCUGAAAAAACACACUGACUGCUCACACAAAGAACAAGUUAGACUCAUCUGUGCAGGUAGUGUGAGGUUGGUAAGUGAUAGCAGUCCUUGUUCUGGUAGAGUUGAGGUUUUUCAUGAUGGUCAGUGGGGAACAGUGUGUGGUGACCGCUGGGAUCUGACAGAUGCUUCAGUGGUGUGUAGAGAGGUGGGCUGUGGAGAGGCUGUAGAUGCACCAAAGUAUGGUCACUUUGGACAAGGAUCAGGACAGAUCUGGCUGGAUGAAGUGGACUGUAGUGGAUCAGAGUCCUCACUAAAGAAAUGUAAAUCAAAUGGGUGGGGUGAUCAUGACUGUCAGCAUAAUCACGAUGCUGGAGUCAUCUGCUCAGGUGAGCGUCUUCUUGCUGGUUCUCAUUUGUGCUCUGGGAGAGUGGAGAUGUAUUUUGGAGGAAGAUGGGGCACAGUGUGUGAUGCUGUGUUUGAUGAUCAGGAUGCAGAGGUUGUGUGUAGAGAGAUGAACUGUGGGGUUCCUGUACAGCUGCUGGGUGCAGAUACUUUUGGUAAAGGAGAGAAGCAGGUGUGGACACAAGAGAUUCAAUGUAGAGGAGUUGAAUCUCAAAUAAACUUCUGUCCAGAACAAUCUUCAUACAAGAACAACUGUUCACAUGACAAUGAUGUGGGACUGAUUUGCUCUGGUUACACAGCACUCAGACUGGUGAAUGGCUCUGAUAUCUGUUCCGGUCGAGUUGAGCGUCAGUAUUUCAGUAAAUGGGGUUCAGUGUGUGAUGAGUGCAUGAAUAUGAGAGCUGCCAAUGUUCUCUGUAGAGAGCUGAAUUGUGGGAUUGCUGUGUCUGUUGUGGGAGUGGACUGGUUUGGAGAGGGAUCUGGUGAAAUCUGGGCUGAUGUGUUUGAUUGUCAGGGGAAUGAAACAAAACUCUCAGAAUGUUCAAUCUCUUCAUGGAGUCGAGCUGAAUCCUCUCAUAAACAAGAUGUUGGAGUCAUUUGUUCUAAUUCCUCUCUGUCUCUUCAUGAUGGUCGAGUGAGGUUGUCUGGAGAGAGAGAGUGUGAGGGUGAGGUGGAAGUUUACAUUCAUCAGGUUUGGAGGAGAGUUCUGCUGGACUCCUGGAGUCUCACUGAAUCCUCUGUGGUCUGCAGACAGCUGGGCUGUGGCUCUGUGCUGAACUUCACUAAAUCCUCUUCAUCCAGUGAUGAACACAGUUAUGAGUGUGUGAUGGGCUUCCAGUGCUCUGGGACUGAAGAUCAUCUGAGGAACUGCAGCUCUCCACAAAAGCUCAACUGCAGCGCAACACAACAGCUGUCAAUCACCUGCCUUGGUCAGCGAUCCAUCAGGUUGGUGGGUUCUGGUGGAGAUUGUGCAGGAAGGCUGGAGGUUUUUCACAAAGGCUCAUGGGGUACAGUGUGUGAUGACUCCUGGGAUAUUAAAGAUGCUCAUGUGGUGUGCAGACAGCUGCAGUGUGGAGUGGCUCUCAGUAAUCAGCCAGUACCAGCCUGGUUUGGUCCUGGUUCUGGACCCAUAUGGCUGGAUGAUGUGAACUGUGAGGGGAAUGAGACGUCACUGUGGAGCUGCUCUUCACGGGUCUGGGGAGAUCAUGACUGUAAACACAAGAAGGAUGUAGGAGUCGUGUGCUCAGAGUUUAAAGAGCUCAGGUUAACUGAAGGCUGUGAAGGGAAUGUGGAGGUUUUCUACAAUGGAUCCUGGGGUAAUGUUUGCUGGAAUCAGAUGGACAGAGACACAGCGAGUCUGAUCUGUCAAGAGCUUAACUGUGGAAGAUCUGCCAGUGAACCCAAUUAUUCAGAUGGACUGAAGCCUCAUAAUUGGUUAGAUUACUUUAAAUGUCGAUCAGAUGACUUCACUUUAUGGCAGUGUCCAUCUUCAUCCUGGGCACCAAAUCACUGUAAUGAAGAUGAAGUGGCCAAUAUUAUCUGCUCUGAGACAGUGAUUCAUGAAGUUCCUCGGAGUCGUCUGACAUGUUCUGCAUCACCAUCUCCUCAUCAGAGACAAUGUUCAAAUCAUCUUCCUCUCAGACUGAGUGGAGGGAAGGGUUUGCUGGUUUUGACGAACAGGAGUCUCAUCUCUGAAGAACAGCAUUCUGGAUAUGAAGAUGCUGAUGAGCUUCUCUCAGCAAAAGACUACAAGAUUGAAUAUUAUGAUGAUGUCUCCAAUGGCAGUGACCUGAAAGAAGAGAUGGUGAAGAAAGUCCCAGCAGAAUACUAUGAUGAUGUCAUCACUGAUGGACUAAAAGCAGACAGUGAGACAGAAGACACACUUGAGAAGUAUGAUGAUGUCAUCACCACAGGACAAAACUCUGAUCUUCAAAAAGAGAGUUAUGAUGAUGUCAUCAUCAAUGGACAGAACUUUCAAGGUGUAAUAGAGGGAGUUCAGGAGGAGUAUGAUGAUGUGAAGAAUGACAGUGAAGAUGUGACAAACCUGUUAGAUUUGAAUGUGAGGUUGGUGAAUGGUAGCAGUCGUUGUUCUGGUAAUGUUGAGGUUCUUUAUGAUGGUCAAUGGGGAACAGUGUGUCAAGAUGACUGGGAUUUGACAGACGCUGAAGUGGUGUGUAGAGAAGUGGGCUGUGGAGAGGCUGAUGAGGUGCUAUAUUGGUCUCACUUUGGAGGAGGAUCAGGACCAAUCUGGAUGGAUAAUGUUAACUGUAGUGGAACUGAGCCCACACUUAUGAACUGUAGUUCAGAUGGAUGGGGUGUCAGUGAUUGUGAUCAUGAUGAAGAUGCUGGAGUCAUCUGCUCAGAAACCAUAAACUAUGGAAGGUUUACAAGACUUGUUGAUGGACCUCAUCAGUGCUCUGGAAGAGUCGAGUUGCUUCAUUGGAACACCUGGAUGUCAGUGUGUGAUGCUGUGUUUGAUGAUCAGGAUGCAGAGGUUGUGUGCAGAGAGCUGAACUGUGGGGUUCCUGUACAGCUGCUGGGUGCAGAUACUUUUGGUAAAGGAGAGGAGCAGGUGUGGACACAAGAGAUUCAAUGUAGAGGAGAUGAAUCACUCAGUCGAUCAUGUUCAUCAUCAAAUAUAACUAAAGUAACCUGCUCUCAUGACAAUGAUGUGGGACUCACAUGUUCUGGUUUCUUUGACCUCAGACUGGUGAACGGCUCUGAUAUCUGCUCUGGUCAAGUUGAGCGUCAGUAUUUCAGUAAAUGGGGCUCAGUGUGUGAUGAGUGCAUGAAUAUGAGAGCUGCCAAUGUCCUCUGUAGAGAGCUGAAUUGUGGGAUUGCUGUGUCUGUUGUGGGAGUGGACUGGUUUGGAGAGGGAUCUGGUGAAAUCUGGGCUGAUGUGUUUGAUUGUCAGGGGAAUGAAACAAAACUCUCAGAAUGUUCAAUCUCUUCAUGGAGUCGAGCUGAAUCCUCUCAUAAACAAGAUGUUGGAGUCAUUUGUUCUAAUUCCUCUCUGUCUCUUCAUGAUGGUCGAGUGAGGUUGUCUGGAGAGAGAGAGUGUGAGGGUGAGGUGGAAGUUUACAUUCAUCAGGUUUGGAGGAGAGUUCUGCUGGACUCCUGGAGUCUCACUGAAUCCUCUGUGGUCUGCAGACAGCUGGGCUGUGGCUCUGUGCUGAACUUCACUAACUCCUCUUCAUCCAGUGAUGAACACAGUUAUGAGUGUGUGAUGGGCUUCCAGUGCUCUGGGACUGAAGAUCAUCUGAGGAACUGCAGCUCUCCACAAACUCUCAACUGCACCUCCAGACAACAGCUGGCAAUCACCUGCAACAGUCAGCGGUCCAUCAGGUUGGUGGGUUCUGGUGGAGAUUGUGCAGGAAGGCUGGAGGUUUUUCACAAAGGCUCAUGGGGUACAGUGUGUGAUGACUCCUGGGAUAUUAAAGAUGCUCAUGUGGUGUGCAGACAGCUGCAGUGUGGAGUGGCUCUCAGUAAUCAGCCAGUACCAGCCUGGUUUGGUCCUGGUUCUGGACCCAUAUGGCUGGAUGAUGUGAACUGUGAGGGGAAUGAGACGUCACUGUGGAGCUGCUCUUCACGGGUCUGGGGAGAUCAUGACUGUAACCAUAAGGAGGAUGUUGGAGUUGUGUGCUCAGAGUUUAAAGAGCUCAGGUUAACUGAAGGCUGUAAAGGGAAUGUGGAGGUUUUCUACAAUGGAUCCUGGGGUAAUGUUUGCUGGAAUCAGAUGGAAAGUGACACAGCGAGUCUGAUCUGUCAAGAGCUGAACUGUGGAAGAUCUGGCAGUCUGUCUGAUUCAACAUCAAGAGUGCCAUCAGCUCAUAACUGGUUGGAUAAUGUUAAAUGUCGACCACAUGACUCAAAUCUGUGGCAGUGCCGGACUUCACCCUGGGGAAAGAAUAACUGUGGUCAAAAUGAAGUGACUUAUAUCAACUGCUCUGAUCAUCUUCCUCUCAGACUGAGUGGAGGGAAGGGUUUGUGUUCGGGGAGACUGGAGGUUUAUCAUAACUCUGUGUGGGGUUCAGUCUGUGAUGAUCUGUGGGACAUCAGAGAUGCUCAGGUGGUCUGCAGGCAGCUGGGUUGUGGAGCAGCAUUGAGUGCUGAUGGGAAUGAAGCGUUUGGUGCUGGUGAAGGUGUUGUGUGGAUGAAGAAAGUCGAGUGCAGAGGGACUGAGAUUCACCUGUGGGACUGUCCUCAUGUCCUGAAAAAUCACACUGACUGCUCACACAAAGAACAAGUUAGACUCAUCUGUGCAGUAACAGAUUUGUCUGUGACCACAACUUCUGCCACAACAACAUCAGCUUCUCCUUCAUGGUUGUGA